UCUCUUCCGGUGUACGGCAUAGUGCUAACUGAAGUGUGUGUUUUUCCCUGAAAAUUUUACAAACCAUUUGUCCAAACACAGAACUUGCUGACUGGUAUCGGGACCGAACAUUUAUGUCCGGCGGGUUCGCAGGAACACGAGUCAAUCAUGGACAUCCCCACUGCCCCCGAAGAUCAAGAGCUGAGGAAUGUGAUUGACAAACUAGCCCAGUUUGUCUCUCGCAAUGGGCCAGAGUUCGAAAAGAUGACGAUGGAGAAACAGAAAGACAACCCAAAAUUCUCCUUCCUCUUUGGUGGAGAAUACUUCAGCUACUACAGAUGCAAGCUUGCCAUGGAGCAACAACAGCAUCCCUCUACCCACGAUGGAGAGGAGUAUAAAUCUGAAGAUUUGUACAACCCAGGUGCCAAAGAGGUGGCUGAUAUCCCUCCUCCACCGAUGGCGAUGAUUGCUCCACCUCCUAUCCUUCAACCUGCUGCACCGGCUAUCGAUGAGCUAAUCCAGCAGAGUCAGUGGAAUCUGCAGCAGCAGGAGCAGCAUCUGCACACGCUCAGACAGGAGCAAGUGACUGCAGCCAUUGCUCUGGCCAUGGAGCAGCAAACCCAAAAACUGCUGCUGGAGUCUCAGUUGGACAUCACAGAGUUUGACAACUUGUUACAGCCCAUCAUAGACACCUGCACCAAAGAUGCUAUCUCUGCUGGUAAGAACUGGAUGUUCAACAACGCCAAGACUCCACAGCACUGUGAACUGAUGACAUCGCAUCUCAGUAACCGCAUCAUUGCUGAUGGGGCACAUUUUGAGCUCCGCCUACAUCUCAUCUACUUAACCAAUGACGUUCUCCAUCACUGCCAGAGGAAGCAGCAGAAGGAUUUGUUGGCAGCACUGCAGAAAGUUGUGGUUCCCAUCUACUGCACCAGCUUCCUGGCAGUGGAAGAAGAGAAGCAGCAGAAGAUCACUCGGUUGCUGCAGCUGUGGGAGAAGAAUGGCUACUUUGAUGAUGAAACCAUUCAGCAGCUCCAGAAUCCAGCACUGGGUCUCGGCCAGUAUCAGGCUUCUCUGAUAACAGAGUAUGCUGCAGUGGUGCAGCCCAUCCAGCUGGCCUUCCAGCAGCAGAUCCAGGCUUUGAAAACACAGCAUGAAGAGUUUGUUGCCACCCUGAAGCAGCAGCACCAGCAACCGCAGCAACCACAGCCUACUCCUGUAGCACAGCUAGCUACCCCCACUGAGCCUGAAAAGGCCCCACCCAUGACCACACAAGCUGGGGAUGUGAAGCCUGCCAUGUCAGGUCCUCCUUCAGGAGAGUUUGAUGGUGCCUCCUCCAGACCACAGGACCCCAGCAACCCCAGUGGACCCUCAGAUAUCCCCCCCAACAAGCCUGCGUGGUAUGACCCCCAGCACAUGGGCCCCUGGAACCCCAACCAGCCGGUAAACACCCAUCCACCUUUUGACCCAAACCAGCCUCCACCUCCUUGCCCGCCCUGGAACAGCCAUGAGGGGAUGUGGAAUGACCAGAGGGAGCCAGGGAACUGGAGCGGAGGUCCACCCAGAGAAGGAGGUCCCUGGAGUGGUCCAGGUGGGUCUGAACCAGGCCCUCCAUCCUGGAACUCAUAUGACCAGCAGCCACCAUGGGGGAACCAGCCCGACCAGCCUCCUUGGGGCCAAAGGGAGCCCCCAUUUCCUCCACGCAUGCAGAGACCUCCCCAUUUCAGAGGGCCCUUCCCUCCCCACCAGCAGCCACCUCCUUUCAACCAGCCCCCUCCACCUCCACACAAUUUUGGACGCUUCCCGCCACGGUUUAUGCAGGAUGACUUCCCGCCCAGACACCACUAUGACAGGCCACCGUACACCCCACAUCGCUUUGACUAUGCUCAGGGAGAGUUCCCCGGGGGAGAGUUCCCCGGGGGAGAGUUCCCUGGGGGAGAGUUCCCCGGGGGAGAGUUCCCCGGAGACAUCCCAGGCCCUCCUCCUCCUCACCACCAUCCCAAUCAGAGGCUCCCUCCCCCAGGCAUGGCGGCUGAACAUCCUCCCUGGGGUGGAGGCCAGCACCAAGAUUUUGGCCCACCCCCACACGGCUUCAAUGGCCAUUCUCCACACGUUCGCCAUCGGCAGACUCCGGUGCAAGAUGACCCAAGUCUAGUGCCAAAUGUACCCUACUUUGAUCUACCAGCUGGUCUAAUGGCUCCACUGGUAAAGCUUGAGGACUGUGAUUAUAAACCUCUGGACCCUAAAGACAUCCGACUGCCCCCUCCCAUGCCACCUAGUGAUCGGCUGCUUGCUGCUGUGGAAGCUUUCUACAGUCCUCCAUCCCAUGAUCGUCCUCGGAACAGUGAAGGCUGGGAGCAGAACGGCCUGUAUGAGUUCUUUAGGGCCAAGAUGAGAGCCAGGAGGAAAAAGGGACAAGAGAAACGCAACAGUACUCGUGGAGGCAGUCGUUCUAGGAGUCGCUCUCGCAGCAGAGGAAGGUCUUCGUCUCACUCCAGCUCUCGCUCUUCUAAGUCCUCCAGGUCACGAUCCCGCUCAUCUCGUUCCCGCUCCCGCAGCCGCUCCCGCUCCUACUCACGAUCCAGGUCCAGGAGUAGAUCCAGGUCAUCUCGGAGUCGCUCUCGCUCCAGGUCCAAAUCCCGUUCAUGCUCACCCAGCAAGAAACGCCGUGGCCCCAAAUCCCGCAGCUCCUCUCCUCCCUCCACAUCAGUGCUAGGUGGUACUCCCUCCAAACUGCCAACAGAUAACAGGCUUGGGGAGGAGAACAAGGGCCAUCAGCUGCUGAUGAAAAUGGGCUGGAGUGGUUCAGGUGGUUUGGGGGCAAAAGAACAGGGCAUUCAGGACCCCAUCAAAGGAGGAGAUAUCAGGGAUAAAUGGGAUCAGUACAAAGGUGUGGGUGUGUCAUUGGAUGACCCUUAUGAGAACUAUCGCAGGAACAAGAGCUACAACUUUGUCGCCCGCAUGAAGGCACGAGAGGAAGUGAACCGGGAACCUCCGGAAGCCCCUCCAGCUGAGUGAUGCCAUCAAAUGGCACCAAACAACCUCCUCAUCUUCUCAAUCGCCACCCCCACCAAGGAUCCGAUUUUCAGAUGUCCGACCAGGAUUCUAGUCCGCAGUCCUAAAACCCUUCUCCUUCUGCAGAAACCAGAGUGACAAUACAAAGUACCACCACACUUGUGAGGUUUGUGAAUAAGUGCAAAGUCUUUUUUCUUAGUUUAAGAACUUGGGAUGAGUGUGUCAUAGGAGAAAGCAUCCAAACUGCAGAUGGAGCAGUGAUCAUUAACUAACAAAUGUUUAACUCAGCAGGGACACUGGAACUAGAGUCUAAUACAAUGUAUAUUUCACUCUCAAUGUUAGGAUAUGAUUUUUUUUUUCUAAAAGUGUCUCAGAGGACUGAGACUGUGACUCAAUAUUUAAUGCAAAAGAUAAAUGGGAAACUCAUGGGAAAAAAAUGUGAAUACUAAAAGUGAAAUGCUUUUAAAAGGGCAUGGACCCUUUGUAAUGUAUUCAAACAUGUCAACAGCUACAAGUAUGUAAAAUUAUUUUAAUAUGGGGUUUUAAACCGCUCUCAAUCUUGCGUUACUAAAUGAUUCGUUCACCCAUAUCAGGAAAAUGUGUCUCCAAUAAAGUUCUCUGUUUUAUUUACAAAGCAUUUCGAAAAUUACGUAAACAUUUGAAAAGACCAACUCAACUGUAGUGUUGAGUAAGUAUUUUGUUCUGAAUGAAAAGUCCCGAUGAAAGCCGCUCACUGUGUGCGGUGUUGGAGAUUGUAUUGGUUGAUAAAUCAUAAUUUCUGCAUUUGUGUGAACCACCUUUUUGAGGGAAAACAUUUGAACAAGGUCUGGUGGCUCUUGUUGGCUUUUCACUGCUGAUUGUUGUGAUAUUUUUUCAUGUUAUGUCUUCUUCCAUAGAGAUACACAAGUCUGUCAUUUAGUUAUUGUAUUAAAACCAACUCAUACAUACGAAAUCCGUUGUAUUUUCUCUACAAACAUACCCUAAAUAAACAGAGCUCUGAAUCCCAAA